UUUACGUGAAUAGAAAGCAUGGGAAGUCGCACAAGCACCUUUUAAGAACUUGUUUAUGAUGGGCUUUAUGAUGUGGAUGUCAGGAAGCACGGUUCAUCUCUUUAGCAUUGGCAUCACAUUUUCAGCUCUUUGGCAACCCAUAAAUGCUCUUCGAGGGGUUGGGAAAGUUUUUGAGCCUUACAAGGACAAUAGAGUGGAUCUCCUAGCGCCUAAAUUAGUGUUUAUCGCUCUUAAUUUGGUUGGCUUAGGACUGGGCAUCUGGAAGCUUAAUACUUUGGGCCUUCUUCCAACUCACGUAUCGGAUUGGGUUUCAUCCUUGCCUCCUGUUCAGGAGGUUGAA